AUGCCCCGCAAAUCCGCAAAGAAGCAAACGCGACUUGCGUUCGCCCCAACGGUUGCGUCUCCGUCCCGCGAUGGAGAUGAUGACAACAGCGACCGCUUCGCAAGGCUCUCAUACGGACACCCCAGCAUGGCCUCAGUUCGAGCGGAAAUUUCUCAGAAGAGCAAGGCUUCGGGGUCCAAGAAGAAGAGCUCGUCCAAAUUCAAAGAGAGAACACCCGAUCUGCUCGAAGAAUCUCCAGGAAAACAAAUCGGCAAAGCCCAAGCUGCAACACAAAAUGAAGAGGAAUCAUCAGAUGACGACCUCAUUAUUCCCAGCUCCCAGAGAAAACGACGAGUGGUCCCCGAUCUUAGCACGAUUGCCAUGAGUCCUCCGAAAUCCAAACCAAAGAAGAGCCGGCAGGCUUCAAAGCUUGCGAAUAAUGAGAUUGUGGAGGAAAUUUCUCGGCCGCGCCGGAGACUGAAACGCAAAGCAGAGAGUUCACCCGCGAUUGUACUGAGCGACAGUGAUGAGUCGGAAGACCCUGUGAUAUCCUCACCUGUCAAGAGAAGGAGACAUCUCCCGGACCCAGAGACGCCCCAGACACCCCGGUCGAGUGAAGACCAAGACGAUCUGGACAUUCAGGAAGAUCUUAGAGAUCUACAGGACUCAGUUGUCAAGAAAACCCGCACUCGCGGCCGCGUUGCUGAAUCGGCGAGAGAUAAGCGGUUCAAACACCUGGAAGCUCUCCGUCGUCGGCGUCUCGGACUUCCAGAGGAAAGUGAAUCCGAGACAGCUUCAGCAAACGACGAAGAUGAAAGUGAAGACGAACUUGAAGAUGGAGCCGAUGCAAGCCCAACUCGGCGGGUUGAAUCGCGAGACCAGCUUGAUAGCGACGUUGAGUCUGCCAUCGACCCUAACGAGGACCUGGACAAGUACGAGGACGACUUUGUUCUAGAGGAUGACACCACAGAACUGGGUGUCCCCAUGGAAGAAAUGCCCUUCGAAUUCACUCGCCACGCCUACAAACAGCCAAAAGAAUACUUCCGCGACGUCGUUGGGUGGAUGGUGCACAACCGACUCGACCCAGCAUUUCCACGCGACGACGACAUGUAUAAAGUGGCCUUUAUGAAACUGGAAGACGAAGUCAAGGCACGCGCCGGAUCUCAACUUAUCUCUUCAGUGUGGAACUCUGAAUUCGUCCGGGCCCUUCGGGCCAGACCACAUAUGGAUCUGUCUGCAUUUCCCACUGAUCUUGGUCACUCUUGUGAUGCGUGCAAGCGAUCUGGACACCCGGCAUCUUCUGAUAUCAGGCUAUACGGCAAAGCAUAUUCUCUCGCGACGCUUGAGCCUCUUAACGAUGAAAGCUCUGAAGACUCAGAUAAUUCUGACUCCAGUGAAGCAUCUGGCGUUGAGCGAGACCGGGAUGGUCAUGAGUUGCCAGGUGAAGAGAAACGGUUCUAUCUAGGAAGACACUGCAAGGAUAAGGCACAGUUAGCUCAUACUCUGAUGCACUGGCGUUAUCAACUCAACGAGUGGGUCGUUGAUCAUCUUGAUCGCAUGGGUCAAAUGAAGGAUUCUGAAAUCCUGCGACGGAAUAACCUGAGCCAGAAGCGCAAGACGCGAAACGCCAUCGAAAUCAUCAAGCAAAUGGCUGAAGCCGGGGAGAUUGAGAAGCUUUGGCGGGAUUUCCAUAUCGCUCUGAAAUCUGCUCGAGAGAAAAUGUCUAUCUUGGGAUGA